AUGGGAAGUGCAAAACGUUGGUGGAACCAAGAGGAAAAAGAUAGAGUAUGGUACAAGGAGCCAUCACUCAGAACGUGGGGACAACUAAAGCUGCUUAUGAGGGAGAGAUAUGCACCUCAAAUGCUAUCCCAGCCCGGUCAAAACACUUAUCCCUCAAAGGAACCAAGCCGAGAGAACACAACACAUCAACGUGUUAGUUCCAAACACAACGCGGAUAUAUCACCCGCCAAGAAAAAUGAGAAAGGUAUAGGUGAAAGGGAAGAUUCGGCUUCAAUACCUUUACUUAAGCUGCAAGAUAAACAAGAGCAAGGUCUAAGUCAUAUGAUGGAUGACAAUGAUGAAGAAUUUAACCACCAUGUAGCAACUCCAAGGGAAGUUAAGAAUGACAUAAGCCUUAAGGAGAAAUUUUCGGAAACAACGGCAUCACAAAAAGAUACAGGUACCAUAGAAGAGUAUCAUGAUGAGCAAGAGACCACAUCCCAAAGGAUAUUGAAUGUGGAGCAAACGGAGAAACUAGCAAAGAGUGAUAACAUGCAUCCAAAUCAAGAGAUUAAGAUGUGUUUACCACCUAUUAAAGAUGAUGAAGUUAGCACCAAUAACAUUCUACUACAAGAAGAACCACCGGACCAGUCAUCAAAUCAAUCAACCUUGCUGAUUUUGAAAGAUACACUCACCGAAGAACCAUGUCAAGUACAAAUGAGGAUCAUAAUGGCGAUUUACCAAAGCUGA